CUUCAGCAAACAUUACACCCUCAGUGUCUCGUCCACGAAAUACCUUGUUCCAUCUUUGCGCGAGAUUUGCCUGUUCUCAAAGUGUACCGCUCCCGGAGCAAGUGUGAUUUAUUGAGCCCCGAAGUUUACGAUGGACGUUCCUGGUGCCGCACUCGAGGCCUUAUCUAUUGUACACCAUACCGAUCGAAACGCCAGCUAUACCAUAGAGACAAUCGAUCGGGAUGACAAACACAGCGACCAAAUGAGCCAAUCGGUCUGGAUGGUCGUUGGCAAGGAUUGUGAUGUGGAGCCUGAGAGACUAGAGAGCGGUCUGGAGAACAGAGUCGACGUUAACGACCCGACAUCUGAAAAUCACGAGAUGACGCUACGCCCAGGAACAUCAAGCCUGGCUCAAUCUAGUAGCCUUGGAGAUGCAUCAGAAAAGACCGAAUCAUCCUCAGACUCGGAAGAUUUGACAACCCCCACCUCGAACAAGUCGAAGAAGAAGCGAUCGACCAGACAGGCUGGUAGUUCUUCGAAGUUCAAAGACGACUGGCCUAUACACCAUCCAGAAUUCGCAUUCUACGACGCAUGAACACGUGAGAACUCUCCUGAUUACACAAAGAGGAUCGACCAAGCAGACUUUCUUUCCAAAAGUUGUCGUGUUUGCGAUCAGCGUAAGAGAAGCCGUACGCGGUGUCGAAAUGGCUGCGAUGUUGUCCCUAGGUCUAACCUUAGCACUAGACAAUGCCCGUGUGGAAGAUAUGUGAUCCCGGGCAAGAGGUGCACAUGUGACAUGGUUAUGAACUGAAAUCAUCAUAUUGGAUUUGUACUGCUGUAAAGGUAUCUCUGCGGAUGCUGCUACAACAUAUUGAUAGGAUCGGGCUCAGAAGCAACCUCCUCCGUGUCUGCUGUAUAUAGCCAAGAAUUACAAAC